CGAUUCAAAAAAACACCAGUGGAUUGCUUUAAACUGAUAAAAAUGAAUCCAGCAAUAGCUAUAGCGUUCGUCUUCAUAGGAUGCUGUUGUAACAUGAUAUUCCUUGAGUAUUUAAUUAGUGCUUUUCCAACUUCUGGGAAUCUGAUAACAUUCUCACAGUUCUUAUUCAUUUCCUGUGAGGGCCUCAUAACUACUUCCAAGUUUUUCACAGUUACCCCCAAGAUACCUCUCAGGCAGUAUUUUGGCAUGGUGGUGUACUUUUUCCUAGUCCAAGUGGCAAACAAUGCAGCCUAUAUGUUCCGUGUUUCUAUACCUCUACAAAUGAUAUUCAGAGCAGGUUCCAUGAUCCCCAGUUUGAUGCUAGGUGUACUUAUCCUGAAAAGAAAGUAUUCAAGAGCUAAAUAUUUGUCUGUUGCCUUGGUUACGGCAGGUAUUGCCAUUUGUACAAUAACCUCAGCUCAACAAGAGGUCAAAUAUGUACACGAAGAUAAGGAGUUAUCUAAAGACCCCGAGACAGAGGCUGAAAAUGUAUUCAAGGAUCUGGUGUUGUGGACUUUAGGUCUUGUGAUGUUGACUGUGGCCCUGUUCCUGACGGCAGGAAUGGGGAUCCUCCAGGAGAAGAUUUAUGGCCAGUACGGAAAACACCCCAAAGAAUCUCUCUUCUAUAAUCACUUCCUUCCUCUACCAGGAUUUGUGUUUCUAGCUUCUGAUAUUUCUCAUCAUGUGUCACUUUUUAAUCAAACAACCCCAGUCAGUUUAGGCCUGGGAUUUUCUGUCCCUCAGAUGUGGCUCUUUCUUGCAGGCAAUAUACUUACCCAAUACAUCUGUAUACGGAGUGUGUUUAUCUUGACGACGGAGUGUACGGCCUUAACAGUCACCUUAAUCGUCACCUUAAGGAAGUUUGUCAGUUUGAUUCUCUCCAUUUUUUACUUCAACAAUCCUUUUACUUCACUUCACUGGAUUGGAACUAUUUUAACCUUUAUUGGGGUCAUGUUAUUUACGGAAAUUGUCCAUAUACCGGGGCUAAUGCCAAAGAAGAAGACCGAAUAAGUAUUAGUAUUUAAAAUUAAUGUGUCAUUGAAUGUAUUUAUGAGUGGAUAAAUUGUUUUAUUUUGUCUAGUAGUUUUGAAUUUGAUUUUUUUUUCACUUGGGAAUAAUUUAUGGGUUUGUAUUAA